AUGACGGUCGCUAAUAAUGAGUAUCCGAAAGCUUCCAAUGCUACGUUGAUUGGAGCUUCAAUCACAUAUGUAGCGGGACUUUUUCUACUCUUGUCCUUUGCGGGGCCCUACUGGAUAGAAUCUUAUUCAGAAAUGUUCUCGUCUUUCAAACACAUGGGCCUUUGGGAAUAUUGUUUCGAUCGUUUUCGCUUUCCUUCAUUUCAGUUUGACAAGCUAUUCCAUGGAUGUCACUAUAUUUUUAGCCAGGAGUACUAUGUGAUCCGUGAAUGGUUAUUACCGGGCUGGCUGAUGGCUGUUCAAGCCUUUGUGACUCUGGCAUUUAUGUUAUCAUUUACGGCACAAGUUCUCUUGGCUUGUGUGAUUAUCAGGAUGCCACUUCGUAAUGUCUUAAGAUAUGAAUGGAUAUAUGUGUCUUCCGCAUUUAUUAUGAUUGCAGUUUCAAGUGCCUUCCUGUUACUAGCUGUAAUUAUAUUUGGAACAAAUUGUUACCGUCGCGAUUGGUUGAUGUACCCAUCGUUCAAUGUACUCUCAUGGUCCUAUGCAUUUGCUGUUAUUGCCUGUAUUUUGUUUGGUUUAGCAGCAAUUAUGCUGUUCUUCGAGUCCCGUAAGUUGUACCAACUGAGGCUUGAAGCCAAGAACUUGGUUGCUCAAAUGCAACACAGCCAGCCCGAGCAUGCCCUGCAUCAGAUAAGAGGUCAGUUGCAGCAGCAACAGCAGCAAUUCGGAUUUUAUAGAAAUUAG